UAUACACUCUAAGACAUCGCACACAUGUACGUGCAAGAACACACUCACUCACUCACACUGCCAGAGAUGCUCUCUGUCUCUCACUCUGACAUAUGCAAUCGCUCACACAAGGACGCUCACCGAGAGCUUCCAGCUUGCCAUCCACCUUGCCUCGCCUCGAUCACGGCCCAUCAUGGCGCCAAGACCAGGCAGCACAUUCACCGUACACGCCUCGAAUCAUGAUCGUUUGUUUCCCGAUGAGACAUGGCUCUCUGGCGAUCCUGGAACUACGGCAAGUCGGAUGAGCGACUGCAGAGAUGACCAAGCUUUUGGGUACUAUAUUCACGUUGAGAAGAGCCGUCCCAAAGACGAACCGCUUACUACAUACACCUAUUCCCGAGCCGGGGCUAGAGCUCUCUUCAACGACCUUGCUAUCACGUCAUCAGGUAUAGAAGAGCACUCGGACACAACGAGUAUCUCGGCGAACUCCUCCCGCCUCUUGACUGAGCUGCUCGACAUUAUAGAUGCAUACCUAGCGAACGAUCCUGGACGAGCAUUACUUGCUCAAAGGAAAUUGCUUGCACCCAAGCUCGAAAACCACAUCUUAGUGGAUCAAGGAAUGGAAGAGGUGCCCUUCAACUGGUCGUACGAGCGCAAGACUCUACACCUCACUGAGGUACUGAUUGAGCUUGGCCAAGCGGCCUGUCGCUGGAGGGGUGCCGAAUUAGAGAAGACUGGGUCAGAAUUCAAGACCCCUCUGCCAUGCUCGCCAUCUAGCAAGAUCCUGAUUGUUUCGAGGCCCCGCGCAAAGGAUCUCAGACUCGCCGCCUCUCGUGCCAUAGUUGAAGCUGCGGAGCUGGCGGAUGCUGACUAUUACGUCACGCUAGGAUCCGAGAUUGUCGCCACAAUUGAGAGCAAACCUCAUUGCAGCGCUCAAGAUACGGGUAAAUUGGUGCGCACGCGCAACGAUCCCUUUGGACAAAGAGAAGGACAAGGGAUAUUCACCGGCCCUGAGACACUGAAGCUGCUAUUUCAAUUGUGCUCUCAGCCUGUGGCGGCGGCCUGUCAGUCUGGUUUGCUGGUCGGUGAUUGGGGUCGCCUCAUGUUGCCUUACGAGGUGCGCAGAAGCAACACCGAUCCCGGUCAAGCACGGCUAGUAUUCGCCUCGGUAGGAUCGUACUGCGACGUCCUUGACGGUGAGCAGGCCUCCACUGCAGCCAGCGAACAGAGCAGAGCUGGUCUUGCUGGUCAAGACUCUCCGAGCUUCCGCUUUGAUCACUUGCCCAAUACAGUGUUCUUCCUGCUUGGGUGGAUUCUGCAGGUCGUUCACGGCCUGCAAGAGAGCCCAUCGCACGUGCAAGAGGGCGAAGCAGAGGCGAAGCCAGCGGCUACAGAAUCCGACGACAACGACCGCGAAGAUCCCGGGCCGCCUGCAAAACGGCCUCGCCAGGACCCAAAGGGCGCAACGGCAUUCAGGAGCUCUGCGAUGGCCUCAACGUCCAGCGAAGGCGCCAGAGACAACCUCGACAGCCCUACCAAUCCUCUACCGCUCAUCACGGAUUACGUGUGCAGCUCUGGUCCCAUCUUUGGCGGCACGUUCGCCGCCCUUCAUUGGUGUGUGGUCCAACGCAGUCAUCUCGCCGGACGCACUCCAUCGGGAGAGCGCAAAGGUCGGCCUGCUCUUGGCCUUCUUCCACGUCUGGGCCCUGGCGAUUGCCACACCAUCUUGAAGGUGCAGAGGAUACCAUCCAUGCCAGACCCGGACGCCUCUCUGCCGGAGGCUAGAUUCGAAGGGCCAGAUGAGCCAACUCCGAGCGACGAAGAUCGUCAGGGCAUACGGGAGCGAACUGCGCAAGAGAUUUCCAUUUUCGAGCAUUGCAAGGAUCUUCAGGGCGUCACUAUACCGCGUCUGUAUGGCCUUGUCGCUCCAGAGGACUACCCUCAGUCGAGUGCACACAAGCUUAUGUUGCAGGACCUAAGCGCCCAUACGAUUGCGAGCGUGGAGCGACUGUGGAGGCAUCUAUGGGGCGACGAUCUUGUACGCGCUGUUCGAACAGCCUAUACCCAACUUCAUGCUCGCCGAGUCUGUCACGUCGACGUCAGCAACUCCAACAUCCUCGUCGAGUGGAGGAAGAUCGCCUCAAUUGACUCCAUAUUCACCUCUUCUUCGGUCCCGGAGACGCUAGAGAGCUGGACGCUGCGCGACCUGGUAGAAGAUGUUCAAAAGCAGAUGCAGCUCGAUGACAAGGCCUUCCUCGCCCUAGCGCGCAGCUUAGGAGAGCGCGGUGUCAUCGACUCGGAAGGCGACUCCGGACUUACGUUGGAGGCACCGGCAUCUCAAUCUCCUCUUGACCACCUCAGGACUGCUGUCAAGCCUCACGUCUGGCUUGUAGACUUUGCUGAUUCUGUGAUUGUUGGGGAUGGUAAAGUCGGAGACUCACUUCUUGCCUCGGAAGAUCUCAAAGUCGAGCAGACUUUGGAGCGGUGGAGGAAGUAGCUCUUCUAACUCGGCAUCAAACGGGCGGCGGCGGGAUCUGGGCAACGGCAGAGGGCAUCUUUGGAGGGUGAUGGGGUAUGUUCCUGAUGGAGGAUGUCUCUCAGGCCAUGGUAAACACCAGUGCGGCCACGACGAUUGCAAUGUGCGAAAUGAUGACUUUGCCGACGGGUCUUGUACAGGCAUGCACGGCUCAAAUGGGUAGUAACGAUCCCAAUCCCCUUGCGGCCAUACUGCCACCAUACCUCAGCGUCGUCACACCACCGGGGAAAUAGGCAGCCAGAUAGGUCACGAGCGCUACGACCUGAACUGCCCCCGAAAUCAGUGUCGGUAGAGUUGUCCGCGGUCCCAGCGCAAAGUACAGAGUCAGUGCAAGGGAUGACAAGUAG